UUAAUUAAUAGUAAUUUUCUUUUACUAUCUUCCAUUUCUUGAAAGGUCAGGAAAAACUGAAAUGGCUAAGAUCGUUCUCUUACUCGGUCUGCUAGCUAUCACUUGCACUCUGGCCAUCGCAUAUGAACCUAGUCCUUUGCAAGAUUUCUGCGUUGCUGACACUACUAGCUCAACAAGAGUUAACGGCCUAGCCUGCUUGGACUCAAAACUUGUACAAGCCAAUCAUUUUUCCUUCAGUGGACUCCAUGUAACGGGCAACACAUCGAACCCAACUGGGUCUAUUGUGACCCCUGUGCUUGUGGGUCAAAUUCCUGGACUUAACACCCUUGGUAUUUCAAUGGCUCGUAUUGACUACGCACCAUGGGGCCUCAGUGCUCCUCACUUUCACCCUCGAGCCACCGAGAUUCUAACUGUCUUGGAAGGCACUCUCUUUGUUGGUUUUGUGACUUCAAAUCCUGAUAACAGACUCAUCACAAAGGUGCUUGAAAAGGGUGAUGUGUUUGUGUUCCCAGUAGGACUUCCUCACUUCCAAAGAAAUGUGGGGAAUGGAAGUGCAGUUUCAAUCUCUUCCUUGAGUAGCCAAAACCCUGGUGUAAUCACCGUCGCCAAGGCCGUUUUCGGAUCAAAUCCCUCCAUUGCUGAUGAUAUUCUGGCUAAGGCUUUCCAGAUUGACAAGAGUGUGAUUGAUCAGCUUCAAGCAAACCUUUAGUGGACUGAAAAU